GCCUCCUGAGGAUUUCUACUGAUAUCUCCCAGCUGAGGAUCACUGACGUCUCAGGAAACCAGAGGGUCCAGCUUCAAACCUGUUGAGCAGGAGGAGAAACUCUUCAAACCCUGGCUGUUGCUGAGAGGAGAGGAUGGCUCAGAGAGGAUCUCAGCUGGACUCAGACAAGUUCUCUUGCUCCAUCUGUCUGGAUCUCCUGAAGGAUCCGCUGACGGUUCCCUGUGGACACAGCUACUGCAGCAACUGUAUUAAAGAACACUGGAAUGAAGAGAAGAUCAAGGGAAUCUACAGCUGUCCUCAGUGCAGGAAGGAGUUCAGACAGAGACCUGACCUGGAGAAGAACCUCCUGUUAGCAGAGUUAGUGGAGGAUCUGAAGAAGACUGAACUCCAAGCUGCUGCAGCUGAUCUCUGCUCUGCUGGACCUGAAGAUGUGUCCUGUGAUGUUUGCUCUGGGAGGAAGCUGAAAGCCGUCAAGUCCUGUCUGGUCUGUGUGGCCUCUUUCUGUGAGGAACACCUUCAACCUCACUACAAAGCAGCUCCACUGAAGAAGCACCAGCUGGUGGAGCCCUCCAAGAAGCUCCAGGAGAAGAUCUGCUCUCUUCACGAUGAGGUGAUGAAGAUUUUCUGUCGCACCGAUCAGCAGAGUAUCUGUUACCUCUGCACCAUGGACCAACACAGAGGCCAUGAAACAGUCCCAGCUGCAGCAGAGAGGAGGCAGAAGCAGAAGGAGCUGGAGGAGAGUCGACUAAACAUCCAGCAGAGAAUCCAGGAGCGAGAGAAAGAGGUGAAGCUGCUUCAGCAGGAGAUCGCUGAGCUGAAGAGGAAAGACGUCCAGCUGGAGCAGCUGGCUCACACAGAGGACCACACCCAGUUUCUGCUCAGCUACCCCUCAGUGUCAGCACUCAGUGAGCCCACACACUCCUCCAGCAUCCAGACUGCUCCUCUCAGAUACUUUGAGGAUGUGGCAGCAGCUGUGUCAGAGAGCAGAGACACAGGGACUAAAACCUCAGUGAGAACCGCUCAACAGGAGUUUUUACUGCUUCAACCACAGCCAAAGACCAGAGCAGAGUUCUUACAAUACUCUCAGCAGAUCACACUGGAUCCAAACUCUGCAAACAGGUUCAUGUUGUUGUCUGAAAGCAACAGAAAAGUAAGUUUUACAUCAGAAAAACAGCCUUAUCCUGAUCAUCCAGACAGAUUCACUGAAGAUCUCCAGGUUCUGAGCAGAGAGAGUCUGACUGGACGUCAUUACUUUGAGGUGGAGUGGAGAGGAGAAGGAGUUUAUGUAGCACUCACAUACAAGGACAUCAGCAGAGCAGGGAAGAAAAAAGAAUGUCUAUUUGGAUCAAAUGGCAAAUCUUGGGCGUUAUGUUGGAAUUCUGACAGAUUUCAAUUUUGGUACAAUGGCGAUAACUAUUCGCCCUUAGGUCCUAAGUCCUCCAGAGUGGGAGUGUACCUGGAUCACAGAGAAGAUAUUCUGUCUUUCUACAGCGUCUCUGAAACCAUGACUCUCCUGAGCACCAUAAGGGGCCCCUUCACCCAGCCACUAUACGCUGGAAUUAGAUUUUGUUUUCCUGAUGAAGGAAACUCUGCAGAGUUCCUGAACCUUCAGUAGAGACUCCAUCAAAUCUUCUAGUCUAGUUUUCUAAAGGAGCCUCCACAUUUUCUGAGCUGAGACGAUGAGAUUUCUAACAGGAAGAAGAUUUGAAACGAACAGAUGUUCGGCCGUCUUCUCAGAGACUUUCUACAUGGACGAAAGGAUCUGAGACGAGUGUGGAGAGACAGAAACAAGCUGAGUUAGUGAGACUGAGAAAAGUUUCCUGUGCUGAUGUUAUUAAAGCUGCUGGAUGUCUGGGCUCCUCGUCCUCCACCUCAAUGAACCAGGUUAAUGUGUAAUACGGAUACUAUUCAGCAGAUAAUCAGUGAAUCAAACCUUUGUAAACUUUGAUUUUUUUUGGAAAAUCACAUCAAAGACUGUUAUUUCAGGUCAUAUUGAGUGUUCCGGAAUCACUGAAAAAAGUUGAAUAACUGAUGAUAAUGAUGAUGUUUGUAAAUCCUGUGAUCUUUUCUCUUUCUGUGUGAUGCUGAGACUGUUUCUGAUUCCUGAACUUUAAACAGUCAAUCUGCUCGUACUGCAGAAAUCCAGCAGGUGGCGUCAUUGCCAUUGAAUGAAG